AUGACAGAGAAAGAGGAGAUGGCAUCACCUCAAGUAUUGCCACCAAAGAUGAAGGAUUCGGGAAAGUUUACCAUUACUUGUACCAUUAGUGGGGAGAAAAUCACACAUGCUUUAUGUGAUUUAGGAUCAAGCAUCAAUGUCACACCACUAAAAAAAUUAAAGGAACUAAAGAUAGGAGAGAUCAUACCGAGCAAUAUGACUCUCACUUUAGUUUAUUUAUUUGUUACUCAUCCAAUUGGUAUUGUACAAGACAUGUUAGUUCAAGUCGAUGGUUUGACCUUCCCUGCAUAUUUUAUGGUGAUUGACAUGAAAGAAUAUUCAGGAGGGUCAGUUAUUCUUGGACGCCCAUUCUUGGCAACCGGGAAGGAAAAAAUAGAUGUGGAGAUAGGUGAACUUAUUUUGAAGUUCAACAAGGAAAAGUUGGUGUUUAAUGCAUAUGAAUGGACACCAUAUAUGGAUGAUCUAGAUACAUUUUACCAAUUGGAAGAAAAAGGUAGCAAAGUUCACAAAGGAAUGACAACAUGA